UCCGCUGCCAUUUUAAUCAGCAGUUUAAUCAGCAGCAACGAGGGUCAAAGGUCUCGCUGGAGGAGGAGCCGUCACAGCCGUGACUCGCGACGGGUCGGGAUGAGGGGGUUUCAAGUACUACAUAUCCCAAGAUUCCUCUGCGGCGCAGCUGAGGAAGCGCUUAAUGCAUGGGUCGCUAUGGCAACAGUGACAUCAGGCUAGCGAAGGCCGCUAGAAGAACUGAAUGGCGGAGGAGGGGGAGCAGAAUAGCUUAGCGGGCGUCGUUUUCCUCCCUUUUCCCCCUCCUUGUUGUCGCGGACUAGAGCUGUCUGUUUUCAGCUCUUUGGUCCAGCAAAAACAUGCGGCUGCUUACAUGAAAACCAGGGGAAGCCGCCUCGGUUUUGACCCCCGCGUGACGCCGCCUCGAGGCCCUCCAGCGACACGCAGCAGAGGCCGGUUGGUCGGGUUUCUUGGCCGCACGUCCUCCUCGUCGUUCAAGCGACGAGGAGGACUGAACCAUUUCUAAAUGUGACCGCGGUUAUUUCAGGCGUCGAGUUGUCGGCGCGAGCCGGUCGACCGCUCGCACGUCUGCAGAGGAACCGUUGGGUGGGAUUGGUCUCGUUUCGUCCACUUCCGGUCUGGUUCGAAAGAGGUUGAAGGGCGACCAGUUUGUUGAAACACACACAAGAUGAUUGUGGAGCAAAUUGGUUCUUCUUCUGAAUUAAAUUAGCGUAUCUCACAAAACUACAAAGGAAAGAAAAUGUUUUCACAUCACAUUAUUCACAUAAAUAUAGACCAGAUGUUGCUACUGAUGGAAACGGCGAAAAAAGACAGGAAGUUGUACAUGGAUGAGAUGGCUGUUUAAAUGUUGCAUCAACUUAUUUGUUUCUAUUUAAUGGAAUGCUGCAUUUGCAGUUUGUUCAUUUUGUUCUGUUGAUAGUGGAAUAUCAACAAAGUUUUGCACAUAUUUGUAAUGGAAAGGCAGUCGAUGGUACUGAAAAUAGCUCAUUCUGACUCUGCACUCAGUAACAGCUUCUUACACAAUGUUAAUUCAAAGGCUCUUCCCAGAUCAAAUUGCUAAUUCCACAUUCGCUGCCUUUUUAGUCCUUGACUGUUUUAUAAAAGAUCUCUGUAGAGGAAGAAAUUACACAUUGGAGUGCCAGCAAAAUGCAAAAUCCCUCACUUAUUUACAUGGAUUAACCCACAAGUUUAUUGGUGAAAACAUUUGUCCCUUACUUUCUCAAUCCAUUCUCAAUCCGCUUUUUCGGGAGGUACGAAUAAUGAAAGGCUUAAAUCACCCCAACAUAGUGAAGCUGUUUGAGGUGAUAGAGACGGACAAGACCCUUUACCUCGUCAUGGAGUACGCCAGUGGAGGUGAAGUGUUUGACUACCUCGUGUCACAUGGGAGGAUGAAGGAGGUCGAAGCCAGAGCCAAAUUCCGACAGAUCGUCUCUGCCGUCCACUACUGCCACACCAAGAACAUCGUCCACAGAGAUUUGAAGGCGGAGAACCUUCUGCUGGACGCCGACGCCAACAUCAAGAUUGCUGAUUUCGGCUUCAGCAACGAGUUCACGCUGGGGAACAAGCUGGACACGUUCUGUGGCUCCCCGCCCUACGCCGCACCUGAGCUUUUCCAGGGAAAGAAGUACGACGGGCCUGAGGUGGAUGUCUGGAGCCUGGGAGUCAUCCUUUACACGCUGGUCAGCGGCUCUCUGCCGUUCGACGGCCAGAAUCUAAAGGAGCUGAGAGAGCGCGUGCUGAGGGGAAAGUAUCGCGUGCCCUUUUACAUGUCAACCGACUGCGAGGGCAUCCUUCGCCGAUUUCUGGUGCUGAACCCCGCCAAGCGCUGCACGCUCGAGCAAGUCAUGAAGGACAAAUGGAUAAACACAGGGUACGAGGGGGACGACCUGAAGCCCCACAUAGAGCCCGUGGAGGACUACAGCGACCCGACUCGCAUAGAGGUGAUGGUUGGGAUGGGCUUCACCCCUGAAGAAAUCAAAGACGCUCUCCUGAAUCAGAAAUACAACGAGGUCACCGCCACCUACCUGCUGCUGGGUCGAAAAGGCGACGAAAGCAGUGAUGCUCGCAGUGCUAGCACACUGUCUCUGGCGAGGGUCCGACCCAGCCCCAUCACCAAUGGGGCGAACAAGCACUCCUCAGCCACUGGCUCCUCUUCAUCCUCCACCUCCUCCUCCCACAGCAAGUCGCAGCGCAGUGCCUCCACUUACCACCGACAACGGCGGCACAGCGACUUCUUCCUCCACAACAAAGGCGGGCCUUCCAUGCCCGUCAUGCACCCCAAGCGGAGCCCGACCAGCACCGGGGACCGGGAGCUGCGGGAAGGCCGGAUGCCUUCGCGUAAAGCCAGCUGCAGCGUAAUGGGGAGCCACAGCCUUCCUCCCUCCAGCCCGAUGGUCAGCAGUGCCAACAACCCCAAUAAGUCUGAGAUCCCAGACCGCCGCAAAGACAUGACUGCCACCACGAAUAACAUCCCGGGAAGCACCAUGACACGCCGGAAUACAUACGUGUGCACAGACCGCUCCGGUGCUGACAGGCACUCUCUUCUGCAGAAUGGCAAAGAAAACAGCUCUCUGAGCCACCGCAUGCCCACAGCGUCCCCCUCCACGCUCAGCAUGGCCGGAGCCGGCGCAGCUUCCUCCUCUUCCUCAUCGGACAGAUGCCGCCUGACACGAGGCUCCACAAUCCGCAGCACCUUCCACGGGGGUCAGCUGAGGGAUCGCGGUCCGCCGGUCUACUCUGCCCCGCCCACAUCGCCCACCCUGUCCCACCACGAUGCCAGCCCGCUGCCCCAUGCACGCACCAGGGCGACCUCCAACCUCUUCACCAAGCUGACCUCCAAACUCACUCGCAGGGUCACAAAUGAAUCUGAGGGAAUCAGGAGAUUUGCGGUCACAAGUUGCCAUCUACCUGGGUAUCAAAAAGCGUCCGAGCCCCGGGCCGUCGGACGUGGCUGGAAUCUGAGAGGCGGUGGGCGGCGGGACCCUGCAGAGGUGGUACUGGCUCUGCGGGAGGCAGCGCUCGGCUGUGGCUGCCAGGUCCACCAUUCCGGCCCGUUUCUGCUCUCCUGCACCCACGGCGUGGCAGGGGGCCGCGUGGCUUUUGAGGCGGAGGUGUGUCAUCUAUCCACGGGCACCUCCGAGACUUCUAACGGGGUACGCUACACGCGACUCUGGGGGGCACCGCUAGCUUUUCGGGACAUCGCUACCCAAAUCUCGAAGGACCUUGAACUUUGAGCCAGAGGGAGUGUUUGCGUCGAGAGUGUGUUUUUGUGCGUUUAUGUGUGUGCACCAAGUGAAUUGUAGUUGGGGCAUGAGGGGGAGGAGCAGAGACGGGGGCAAGGGGCUGGACCCUUUCAGGAAUACCCCCUCUGCACACACACAUAGACUCGCGCACACCUGAGCAGUAAGGUAACGCUGACCGAAGCACCCCAACGUCCACCCAAUCACCGCACCCGGUUCAGCCAGCUUCUUCACUGAGCUACUGCAACCACUGGAUCUGGAUAAGAUGGAAUCUAGUUGAAUAUUUUUUAUUGCUACUCUUAGCCAUAAUGACUCUUUAUUUUGUUAUGCUCUGAUCCUUGUUUUUACCCACUGUCACUCUCAUCUCCACAGAAAGAAACAUCCCUAUGCUAUCAGACUUCACUGACCACCAAGUCCUUUUUUAAGCUCUUUUUAUAUGACAGUCACGCGUACUGUUUCAUUCUGUUUUCCCACUUUUGAUCUCUUUCGGACAGCCGCAUACAUGAUAACAUGUCCAACUCCGUGAUCAAAUGGGCAAAGGCGAAGGGUUGCAUUGCAUUGACUCAUGGGCACAGUCUGGCAAUGACUACGUCAGAUUAAGGUCACUGGGAGUUGAUGUGUCUGUCACGACCAAUCAGAGGCUAAUGAGGAGUAACAGUAGCCAAUCGGUGAGGUAUUCUAAGUCCAAAAAGCCACUGAGAUUUCCAAGUUCAUGAACUUGUGGAGCAAAGCUUUCCAGUUGGCAUUGUUUGGUCUGAGAUUCUCACAUCGUAGUAACUUUUUGUAAUCAUCACUGUAAUACUGCUAAUCCAUAACACGGUCAAAUUACUUUUAUUAAAGAAAAUAAUAAUAAACAUCAAUACUUUCUUCACAACUGGAAAUUAACAAAGGAAAUAAAUUGUCUUUGGUCAUAUUGAUUCCCAUGCAGUUCCCACAAAAACCACAAGCAAAAUACUUUUGUUUUACAGAGCAACAGUAUUAACACAAAAAUGUGUUAGCCCAAUAUAAUUACUUUAAAAAAGUGAGAUAAAUAAGAUCAGAAUUUAAAUUUCAUAUUAGAAUGGUAUAUUACUCUCAUAGCUACAGUGACAUUUAGUCCCCUUCCCUGACAUAUGGAAAGUGUUGGUGUUAAGCCACUGUUGCAAAAUCUGUACUAAACGAAUUCAUGCACUUGAGAAACUGAUAGAAAUUAAAAUAUUCCAGCCACAAGAGUCAUAAAAUAUAAAGGCAAUGUCAAAUAAACCAUCAGAGAGCCAGAAGGCUGUAUUAAAAGAUUGUCAACAUGUAAAAUGGUGUCAAAUCUAAGCCAAAAUAUGAAAGAGCCUCCUUCUACUUAGUGGUACUUCUUAAGUAAACAAUACAUCUAAGUCUAAUGAUCUGUUAGCAGCUCAUUAAUUAGCCGUGGUAGCAAUGUGCCGGGAGGCUUUACAUGUACUGACAGGCAAGGAAACUCUCAAAGCUACAUCUGUUUGCAAACACCGCUACCUUAUUAGAAGCGAUCAUUGAGUGGAAAUAUCUUUCAACACAAGCUUUGUGUUUGUUGACAAGAAUUCCCUUCCUUUAGCCAGCUAGCUAGCAGGAGAAAAGGCUUGGGAAGCACCACUCGGUGCUGUACAAGAAAAUUCCAGUCGCUCCGGGACUCUUUCUGGAAUCCUCCUGUAAUUAUAUGAAACUGUAAUUGUAAAACGUUUGAAGUUAAACAUUAGAGAUGAGGUUUUGUCCCCCUUUUCAACUUUACUCAAUUAAAAUUAUGAUUUGUAGCUUGUUCUUAAACAGAAUUUGUUUGCUUAAACAAAUAUCACAGUGUUUUAUGAAAUUGUGGGAACAGAUGAAUCUAGGUUUAGGGAGUAAUGAAUACAGACAUUAUUCAUUUGCUCAAAAUCCUCAGGUAACAGAACAACAUUUUACCUGUUUGAAUACCGAUAGAAUGACAGAUUCCGACUACAGUUGAGGUUAAUUUCUGUUGUGAUCGCUCUCCAUUAUAAAUAGGUCGAAGAACUCUUGUCAUGCAGGGGCAGAGGACGGUAGAGGCUUAGGUGGUUAGGGUAUUUGAUCAAGCUUCCUCUGUUUGAAAGUCUUCCAGUAACAUCCCACUGGGAGGAGACCCAGAAGGGACUAUGUUUCCCUUCUGACUCGGGAUUCCCCAGAAUGAGCUGAUGAGUGUCUGGUGAGCGGGGUGUCUGGGAUUCCCCUCCAGAUCUGUUACUCCCACAGUCCGAUGUCAGAUACGAGGGAGACAACGUUUGGUUCGCAUUGAUGUUUGGAAUCUUUCAACCAGAACCACAUCACCACCUUUCCCCUUCAAAGCAGUCUUUCAAUGCUCUGCAGAAUAACAAGCAACACUGCAACUCAAGGGUACUAUCAAUGCAAUGCAACUCUUGUAUUGACUCUAUUCUGUGCCAUGUGAUCUCACGUUGCUCAUCAUCUCUCGUUGGUGGGAAACACCAAAACAUGGAUCAGCCAAGCAGCAGCACCUCUCAUUUCACCUCACCUUUACAUGCUAAGGACAUGUACUCUCCCAAACGUGCACCUCUUUACCCCAGUAGCCCCGUAUAAGAACUGCUCAGUCCAUUAUUGGUGACUGCGGAGAUCAGGGGAGAAUUCGGUACCUGGACAGGCACAAUGGAGGCAAUGUAGAUACUGUUUUCUUCUUGUUAGUCCAGUUGCCUUUAAAGUGAACACCCCCCAGCGCCUUCAUACAGUACUUAUUUAAUGUAAAAAAAGAAAAAGAAAAAAAAAACUGAGAAAGCUUUCUAUGCUCCCUCCCUGUUUUUAGUGAACAAUGUACUGUGAUAUUUGCGUAGACUACAGAGGUCAUAUUGUUUGGCUGCUGAUUUACUGUUAAAACUUUCUCUCAGUUGUGGUUUUACUCAUGGUAACCCAAACUAACCAACCCCAUCCCACCUCCACCCCCACAUCUUCACACCCAUCAGGACUUCACCAACUUCCUCGACUUAAGCUCACCGGUCCUUCAUACACACCAGGAACUUUUUUGUACGAGUCCCAGUGAGUGUUUUGACUUCAUCCCCCCUCCACCGCCCCCACAGGGAAACAAUCAGCCGUAUUUCACUCUGUCAUGUCGUGUGGAAUCUUCUCGGUCCUGUUUGGUGUGUGCUGCUUCUGGGAGUCCAACAGGGGACCCGAUGUCCCCCCACCCCUCAGGUUAAGAAGCAUGCACCAACAUGGACGCCAGGAGUCUGUCCUUGUCCUCUUCCUGGACGGUUUUCAUUGUGGUGUAUAUUAGCAUUAGGUAAUAUAGACCUCAAUGCCCUUUGCUUUGACUUGAAUCAGCUCCCUCCAGUGUACCUGUUUAGGUCAUGCCCAGUACUAGUCACUGGAGGGCGCCAAUGUCUUAAAUGUGAAACACUUCAAUUUGUGGAUAUUUGCACAGGUACUUUAUUUAUUUUUUAGAAUAAUAUCAUUAAAAAAAACAGGAUUUAUAUCAGUCAAUUGAUGGCUGUAUAUAAAAUAUAUGAAUAUAGUAUAUAUCUUAGAGCUCAAGGUUUAUUUAUAGUUAGAACAAGGGAAGUAAUUCUAGAUUAAAACUGUUUCUGUCAGUGAUAUGGGGGAGCAAAACCAAUCUGCAAUCCUGCAUGACUUCAGAGUUUGGAUUAUGAUGGGGGAAAAAUGAACUAUGAUGCACAUCUUGGAUUGGAGGCUUUAUGAAACGCAGACACCAUCACUUUGUACAAGCUAAAUUAUUCAAUGAAGCUCCAGCCCGUUCCCCCUUAAAACGUACCCCCUUUUGACAGAAACAAACAGAAGGGCUCCAGUGAGAUACAGUGACUUUCUUCCACCUCGUUGUUUGACGAUAGAGAUUUAACUUGAAUUCACACAAAUCCUGCUGAUGCCAUGACACGGUUAAAAAGCCCAGAGUUGCAAGCAAGCCAUAGAAAAGCUAUACUACUGGUGUGUGAUCUCAAAUGUGUGUGGGAAAAAAAAAACAUUAUACCUUCGAGUCACACAACUCACUAUUAUUGUUUAAGAUGGGGUGACAUUGUCUUGGAAGUGUGAAGAAUUACUGUGAAGACUUUUUAAAGGAGUAUUUUAUUGGUGGGAGUUUCUGAGGAAGAGAGUCCGGUCUGGUUGUUGGGAACUGAACAGUAUUACAAGCCCAGUUGGCUCAGUAUUUUACACCAACUUAAUUUCUAAAAGCAUUUUCAGAAGAGCUGAUGUUAUAUGCAAAACAAACGUAGGAAUAGUCACAGUCUGACUCUGUUCUGCUGUUAAAUUUCUUCCCACAGAAGCAAAAUUGUGAACCGAGACUGGGUGGUUGUGGUAUCUGAAGAGAACGUGGAGCUGAAGUUGAAUAAAAUUCACUGAUGUUGGCA